AUGAGACCCUGCAAAGCCAGUCCCUUGGAUUCAGGCGUGGAACCAGAGCUGCAGUGCAGGGCUGGACCAGGCUGCCCUGUGAAGUGCGGUUCGGAGCGGAUGGAGAGCGCGGCGAAGAGGAGACUGGCUGCCAAUGCCAGGGAGAGGAGACGCAUGCAGGGGCUGAACACGGCCUUCGAUCGCCUGAGGAAGGUGGUUCCGCAGUGGGGUCAAGAUAAGAAGCUGUCCAAGUAUGAGACCCUGCAGAUGGCUUUGAGCUAUAUCAUGGCUCUCACUAGAAUACUUGCCGAAGCAGAAAGGUACAGUACUGAAAGAGAAUGGAUUAGCCUUCACUGUGAACACUUCCAUCCGGAGAGCUACCACCACUACCUGGGGCAAAAAAUGGCAACGGACAGCGAUCCUUACGCGCAGCGCAUUUUCAGCUAUCACCCCGAACACUUUCAAAUAGCUAAUUAG